CCCUCAAUUCAGCAUUUGCGAAGUCGCUCACCUUUCCCUCUCCUCAAACGCUCUCCAGUCACCUCUCUGUCUCUCGGCCAGACGUAAGACACCCAGACCAGAGCCCUGAGUCUUCUCCGUCUCUGCUGACUGGCGACCGCCUCUAUGCUGAUCGGUGCCUCUGCUUCUCACCCUAGUACUAUAGUAGGCAGUAGUCACUGACUCUCCGUCACUCUGUGCCUCCCCUAGCCUUCGGUAAUGACGGUAGACCUAUCUGACUAACAGAGACAUAGAGAGUAACAUGCACUAUACACUGUCCUUUGAGCUUUGGGGAUGAAAGAGAUGGGGAAGUCUCGAAAGCGGUCUCAACAAAUCAAUAGGGAGGAGAGUGAAAGUGGUUCUGAAUUUGACAGUGAUGAAAUGCUAGAUGAUAUGCUGCCUAAUGGGGGUGAUAGCAAUGGUGACAUCGGUGAUUACAGCCAUGGUGAUGAGGACAAAGAGGAAGAGGGAAAUAGUGUAAGUGAUGAUGGUGGUGAGGAGGAAGAGAGCAACUAUGGAAGUCAUGACACUGGUGAAGAAGAUGAUGAUGAUGAUGAUGAUGAGGAUGAGGAAGGGGAUGAUGAAAGAGAAGGAUGGAAACAGAAUGAGGAGCAAAAGAAUGCAGAAAUGGAGGUGCUUGAGAAUGAAUAUAGGAAGCUUCAGCACAAGGAGAAAGAUCUACUAAGUAAUCUAACAAGCCAUAAGGAUGAAGAUAUUUUAAAAGGUGAAGCUGUGAAAAAUCAGAAGGUUCUUUGGGACAAGACUCUUGAGUUAAGAUUCUUGCUGCAGAAAGCAUUUUCAAACUCCAAUAGACUUCCUCAGGAGCCAAUUAAGUCUUCAUUCUAUGGGGAUGAAGUUAGUGAGGCAUAUUCAGAUCUAAUUGGUUCUUCAAAGAAGACUUUGGAUUCUAUAUUGGAAUUACAGGAGGCACUUCUUGAGAAGAAUCCAUCAAUUACUCAAUCCACAGAUGGUUUUGAAGUUUCGGAAGCUUCUCAUCAGUCCAUUGGCAAAAGUGAUGAAGAAUGGUUGCAAAUUACCCAAAUGCAUUCAAGGAUGUCUUCGUUUAGAGACAAGUCAGUAGACAAAUGGCAGAGGAGGACCCAAGUAACAAGUGGUGCUGCUGCAGUUAAAGGCAAAUUGCAUGCGUUUAAUCAGAGUAUUAGUCAACAAGUGGGUAAUUACAUGAGAGAUCCAAGUAAAAUGAUAAAGGGUAUGCAGCUUAGCAGAUCUGCAGUUGCUCUAUUUGGAACUGUUCCAGAUCUUACAACCACACAAGAGGAGGGCAUAAAUGCUGACGGCAACCCAGAACUUCUGGAUGAUUCCGAUUUCUAUCAGCAAUUGCUCAAGGAAUUUUUUGAGACAAUUGAUCCAACUUCAUCCGAUAAGGCAUUUUAUACCCUGAAAAGACUACAAACAAAGAAAAGAAAAAUUGUUGACCGGCGAGCCUCAAAGAGUCGAAAAAUCAGAUAUAAUGUACAUGAAAAGAUUGUGAAUUUCAUGGCUGCUCAGCCCAUGGAACUGCCUCCCAUGGCCCCCAAGUUAUUUGAGAAUUUGUUUGGGUUUAGAACCCAGAUACAAGCUGCUGGUUGAAGUAUAGUGAAGCCUGUCGUUAAGACAAUCAGAAAUUUUGUAUUCAUUAAAUUCAGUUUUGGUUGGAUGGAUUUCGUGAAAAAUUAGAUGAAUAUAGUCAUUAUGUUGAGCUAAAA